AUGCCGUCCCUGCAGCUGUCCCUGCUGCGUGUCCUGGUGCUGCCGUCCCUGCUGCUGUCCCUGCUGCAUGUGACUUGUGCUGCUGUCCUGCUGUCCCUGCUGACUGUCCCUGUGCUGCUGUCCCCGACGUGUGAAGCUCUUGAUCUGCUCCUGUGCUUGUUGCUUCCUGGUUGCUGCGUGUCACUUGUGCUGCCGUCCAUGCCAUCCCUGCAGCUGUCCCUGCUGCGUGUCCUGGUGCUGCCGUCCCUGCUGCUGUCCCUGCUGCAUGUGACUUGUGCUGCUGUCCUGCUGUCCCUGCUGAGUGUCCCUGUGCUGCUGUCCCUGACGUGUGAAGCGCUUGAUCUGCUCCUGUGCUUGUUGCUUCCUGGUUGCUGCGUGCCAUCCCUGCUCCUAUCUCUGUUGAGUGUCCCAGUGCUGCUGUCCCUGCCUUUCAGCUUCACUUGUUCAGCUCUGAUCAGCCUGUUACUCAUCAUUUCUCUCUCACUCUCCUGUUCCACAAAGGGAUCUCCCUUCACCCGUGCCAGCCUCAAGAGCGGGAAGACGGAGAGCUCAUCAUACUUCCGGAGGAAGGAGAAGCUGUUCCGGUUCUUCAUCCAGCGUGUGGUGAAGGCUCAGAGCUUCUACUGGGCGGUGCUGUGUGUGGUGGCCCUGAACACGCUGUGUGUGGCCAUGGUGCACUACAACCAGCCACAGCGUCUCACCACGGUGCUGUACUUUGUGGAGUUUGUUUUCCUGGGUCUCUUCCUCACAGAGAUGUCCCUGAAAAUGUACGGCCUGGGACCCAGAAGCUACUUCCGGUCCUCCUUCAACUGCUUUGACUUUGGGGUGAUUGUGGGCAGCAUCUUCGAGGUGGUCUGGGCAGCCAUCAAGCCAGGAGCCUCCUUCGGCAUCAGCGUGCUGCAGGCGCUGCACCUGCUGCGGAUCUUCAAAGUCACCAAGUACUGGAGCUCGCUGCGCAACCUGGUGGUGUCCCUGCUCAACUCCAUGAAGUCCAUCGUCAGCCUCCUCUUCUUACUCUUCCUGUUCAUCGUGGUCUUCGCUCUGCUGGGGAUGCAGCUAUUUGGGGGACAGUUCAACUUUCAAGAUGAGACUCCAACAACCAACUUUGACACGUUCCCUGCAGCCAUCCUCACUGUCUUCCAGAUCCUGACUGGAGAGGACUGGAAUGCAGUGAUGUUUGAAUCGCAAGGUGGGGUCAGCAAAGGCAUGUUCUUGUCCUUUUACUUCAUCGUCCUGACACUGUUUGGAAACUGUGUCCUUCUCUGGAACCAACCAUACACUCUGCUGAAUGUCUACCUGGCCAUUGCUGUGGACAACCUUGCCAAUGCCCAGGAGCUGACCAAGGAUGAAGAGGAGAUGGAAGAAGCAGCCAACCAGAAGCUUGCUCUUCAAAAGGCCAAAGAAGUGGCCGAAGUCAGCCCCAUGUCUGCUGCAAACAUCUCCAUUGCCGCAUAAGGCUCUCAGGAUUUUGUAAAGCAAACUCGAGUUACUGUAUCUCGCAGCUCAUCUGUCUCCAGCAUAAACUCACUGCAGCAGAACUCCGCCAAGGCACACUCGGUGUGGGAGCAGCGGGCCAGCCAGCUGAGGCUGCAGAACCUGAGAGCCAGCUGCAAGGCGCUGUACAGCGAGCUGGACCCCGAGGAGCGGCUGCGCUUCGCCACCACUCGUCACUUGCGGCCCGACAAGAAGACACACCUGGACCGGCCGCUGGUUGUGGAGCCGGGCCGGGAUGGCCCGCGGGCACCCCCAAGGGGCAAGGCCCGACCCGAGGCCACAGAGGCCACCGAGGGCGCCGACCCGCCGCGCAGGCACCACCGGCACCGAGACAGGGACAAGGCCCCUGCGGCGGCCUCCGGGGCAGGGGAACCGGACAGAGUGGACGCCCCGAGGGCGGACAGCGGGGAGCCCAGUGCCCGUGAGGAGCGUGUGCGGCCCCACCGCAGCCACAGCAAGGAAGCCGCGGGCCCUCCGGAGGCGCGGGGCGAGUGUGGCCGGGGGCCUGGCCCCGAGGGCGGCCGGCGCCACCACUGGCGCGGCUCCCCGGAGGAGGCGGCCGACAGGGAGCCCCGGCGCCACCGCGCGCACCGGCACGCGUGCGACCAGGGCAAGGAGGGCGCCGCACCCACGGCCAAGGGCGACGGGCGCUCGCGACACCGGGAUGGCCCCCGGGCCGGCCCCCCGGAAGCGGGGAGUGGGGAGGAGCCAGCGCGGCGGCACCGGGUGCGGCACAAGGCGCUUCCCGUGCAGGACGCUGCCACGAAGGAGGCCGCUGAGAAGGAGGUCGAGGUCGCCCAAGUGGACAAGGAGAAGGAGCUCCGGAACCACCAGCCCAAGGAGCUGCACUGUGACCUGGAGGCCAGUGGGACAAUGGGUGUGGGCCCUGUGCACACACUGCCUAGCACCUGUCUCCAGAAGGUGGAGGAGCAACCAGAGGAUGCAGAUAAUCAAUGAAAUGUCACUCGGAUGGGCAGUCACCCCUCAGACCCAAGCACCACUGUACACAUCCCAGUGACUCUGACGGGCCCUCCUGGGGAGACAACCGUGGUUCCCCGUGGUAACGUGGACCCGGAGAGCCAAGUGGAGGGGAAGAAGGAGGUGGAAGCUGAUGACGUGACGAGGAGUGGCCCCCGACCCAUUGUGCCAUAUAGCUCCAUGUUCUGCUUAAGCCCCACCAACCUGCUGCGGUGCCUCUGCCACUACAUAGUGACCAUGCACUACUUCGAGAUGGUCAUCCUCAUGGUCAUUGCCCUGAGUAGCAUUGCUCUGGCUGCAGAGGACCCUGUGCGGACAGACUCUCCCAGGAACAAUGCUCUGAAGUACAUGGACUACAUCUUCACAGGUGUCUUCACCUUUGAGAUGGUGAUAAAGAUGAUUGACUUGGGACUGCUCCUUCACCCUGGAGUCUACUUCCGGGACCUGUGGAACAUUUUGGACUUCAUUGUGGUCAGUGGGGCCCUGGUGGCGUUUGCCUUCUCAGGAUCCAAAGGGAAAGACAUCAACACCAUCAAGUCCCUAAGAGUUCUGCGCGUCUUACGGCCCCUCAAGACCAUCAAACGGCUCCCCAAGCUCAAGGCCCGGCGACCACCUCAGCGCGACGCCCUCAGGACACCGGGGUUCUGCGAUUCCAACCGUGAGUGCGACCUUCCUGUCCCAGCCCUGCCUGCCCAGGGGCAGCUGGUGUUCAGAGAACCGGGAGGAGGAGGUUCUGUGUUGAAAAUGGAGAGUGCGCUGUGUCCGAGGUCCAGCAUCGCUGCCCCACGUUUCAUUUGCAGGUCAAGGAGGCGCUCAAGGACUCGCGUCCAGCGUGCAUCCCAAGGGCCCUACCGACUCCGCCUCCUGGGCCAGCUCCUCCUGGGCCCAUGCCGGGAGUGUGGGGUCCGCGCCCACCAGGCAGUCCGGCUGAGCGGCUGCCGCCAGGUCGUUGGCCAGGCUUGA